GAUGUUUGCUGUCGGAUCGGAAGGAAGUCUGUGUAGCUGCGAGCAAUGAACAUGCCAAAGACGGCAGGACACAUCGUCAGUCCCAAAGUCCAAAACUUUGAGCACAGCACAAGUCAAAUUCAUUUUCCUGAAUUCUCGAGGAGAGUGUGAAGAAACCGAGCCAAGCCAUGGUCUCUCUUCGCUUCCCUUUCUCGUUUUCUCAGCCCCCCAAGCACCCUCUCCCCCGCUCCUCCCCCUCCGCCCUCUCCUUCGCCGUCGCCACCGCCGCCUCCGUGGCCGCCGGAGCCGCCGCUGUCGCCGCCGCCGGCAUUGCCGCGUCCCGGGACACGCGACGGCCGUUCCUUGAGAACGCGCUCGAUUUCCUCGUCUCCAGGAGCUCUUCCUUGCCCUUGUGGUGCUCGCUCUCUCUGGCCGAGAAUUCUCCUCCGGUCGUCGAGUCGAAGACCGGUGCGUCGUUCCCUUCCGUCAUUGGCGGAUCGCGGCAGCUCCUGGGAGUCGGGUUGAGGAGGAAGAGCGUGCUGGGGUUGAAGAACAUCGAUGUCUAUGCGUUCGGUGUAUAUGCUGAUGAUAAGGAUGUAAGCAAGUUGCUCAAGGAGAAAUAUGGAAAACUAUCCAUUUCUGAGCUCAAGGAAAGCAAGGAAGUGUCAGAGGAUCUGAUGGAAAGUGAUAUAUGCUUAACUGUCAGGCUUCAAAUUGUAUAUGGAAAAUUGAGUAUUAAAUCCGUACGCAGUGCAUUUGAAGAAUCAGUCGGAAACAGACUAAAAAAAUUCAGUCCAGAAGACAAUAAAGAAUUGCUUCAAAGAUUUACUUCCCAGUUCAAGGAUGAGUACAAAAUACCACGAGGAUCUGUGAUAGACCUGUCCAGAGACCGGGGUCAUGUACUUCGCACCACUAUUGAUGGGAACGAGGUGGGAAGCAUAGAGAGCAAGCUUCUUUGCCGGUCGAUUCUGGACUUGUACAUCGGCGAGGAUCCUUUUGAUAGACAAGCUAGAGAAGAUGUCAAGCUGAACUUGGCUUCUCUCCUUCAAAAGUGACUUGGUACUUCUUUCCGCUGUUCGUUUGCAGGAGAGACUUGUGAAGACGGAUCCUUAAACAUACUUUUUUACCUGUACUCUUACUCUCUUGGUCGACCUAAAUAAGAGUUGCGUUCCACUUCAUUCCAAUAACUCGGGAGCUAUAAAGUUUACAAGGAUUCAAACAUAGAAGUGGUACUUCCUUUUUUUUUUCGCGUAAUUUGAUCUACAAUCACAGCACAUUGUUUAUGGAGUCAGCUUUGGCAAGGUUAUGCUGGUUGUGGUUUAUGGAAUGAAAAUGUUCAAAUCUAGUAUCCAGGGGCAUGAGCUGAUAAGACAUUGUUUUCUUAGAAUUCAUGUUUUGUCCAUAUAAUGGAUGCUCAAGUUUCGUCA